GGUCUCGCCGCCCGGAGCCGGUGCGGCUGUGAGGGGCUGCGUUUCGCCGCCGCCGGCCGGCCGGGCAUGGUGUUGGGCGCCGGGCCCGCCUCGCCUGUCUCGGGGUGCCCAGGAUAAAGGUAGCAGGGAUGCUGACGCUGGCAAGCAAACUGAAGCGGGAUGACGGUCUCAGAGGGUCCCGGGCGCCAGCCGCAGCCUCCGACUCCACUCGGCGGGUUUCUGUGAGAGACAGGCUGCUUGUCAAAGAGGUUGCAGAACUUGAAGCUAAUUUACCUUGUACGUGCAAAGUGUAUUUUCCUGAUCCAAACAAGCUUCAUUGCUUUCAGCUAACUGUCACCCCAGAUGAGGGUUACUACCAGGGUGGAAAAUUUCAGUUUGAAACUGAAGUUCCUGAUGCGUACAACAUGGUGCCUCCUAAAGUGAAAUGCUUGACCAGGAUCUGGCACCCCAAUAUCACAGAGACAGGCGAGAUAUGUCUCAGUUUACUGAGAGAACAUUCGAUUGACGGCACCGGCUGGGCCCCCACGAGGACACUGAAGGAUGUUGUUUGGGGAUUAAACUCUUUGUUUACUGAUCUUUUGAAUUUUGAUGACCCACUGAAUAUUGAAGCUGCAGAACAUCAUUUGCGGGACAAGGAGGACUUCCGGAAUAAAGUUGAAGACUACAUUAAGCGUUACGCCAGAUGACAGGAGGAGAGGGCUGCGGGGCCGUGGACUGUGGGUUAGCAGUUUGUCUCCAGCUGAAGCGAGAAGGGAGGCUCCGCCCCAUCCUCGGC